AUGCCACAAUUAGUUCCAUUUUAUUUUAUGAAUUUAUUAACUUUUGGUAUAUUAGGUUUAUCUAUAAUAUUAUUUAUAGUUAGUACAAGAAUAUUACCAGAAAUAUUAAGAUUAUUAGUUGCACGUAUGAUUAUAGUUAAAUUAUAA